GUGGAUUGCGAGCAUCGGAUGCGCUGACGUUUUCGGGGGGGACUUGAGUGCGCGAGACACCUGUGGAUUCAACUUUUCCCCCGACCACCCACUCCCCUUGUAUUGUUUGGACUCCAAUUUGUUUGCCAAGAAAGGAUCCCUAGUUGAUACUCGUUGCGGUUUCGAUCCAACAGCCUACAGCCCAGACAAGAAGAGCGCGCGCCAUGCUGCUGAGCGUCUCCUUCCUGGUGGUCCCGCUGCUCAGCAUUACCGGCUGCGGCUCGUCCUACGUGCCGUGCCAACCGUGUGACCAGAAGGCCCAGUCCAUGUGCCCGCCGGUGCCGUUGGGCUGUCAGCUGGUGAAGGAGCCCGGUUGCGGCUGCUGCCUGACGUGCGCGCUCGAGGAGGGCCAGCCGUGCGGCGUGUACACCGGGCCGUGCACGCGCAGCCUCCGCUGCCUGCCCAAGAACGGCGAGGAGAAGCCGCUGCACGCGCUCCUGCACGGCCGCGGCGUGUGCAGGAACGAGAAGUUGUAUAAACUGCUGAACCCGUCAAAAGAGAGAGAAUCUCACGACGACGCCGUGCUGCCCGUCCCGGAGUCGAUGCAGCCGCAGACCAAGGCGCCGUUGUAUGCGAGGGACCACAUCGGCAGCCGGAAGGCUCACGCCAUGAAGCAGGCCAAGGACCGCAAGAAGCAGCUGUCCCGGCUGGGACCCGCCAGCAACCUGAACUUCCCCCCUGUCGGCAAGCUGGAGCCCAAGUUCGGCCCCUGUGGGAGAAGGCUGGAUAAUCUCAUCCAGAGCAUGAAGGACACGUCCAGGGUCUUGGCUCUCUCUCUGUACAUCCCCAACUGCGACAAGAAGGGCUUCUUCAAACGCAAACAGUGCAAGCCGUCUCGCGGCCGCAGGAGGGGGAUCUGCUGGUGCGUGGACCGGUUCGGAGUGAAGAUCCCCGGCAUCAACUACGCCAGAGGGGACCUGCAGUGCAAAGAACUGGACAGCAGCAGCAACAGCAACGAAUGAGAGUGAACGGGGGGCCCGCCUCCUUUUAAAAACCUGCCAAUCAAGCUAGCACACUUAAUGACUCGCCAAUCAGGAAGAUAUAGCACAGAUUCCUCUCUAUAUGGUCAGGUGUGAUGGACUGUGUUUUUAUUUUUGUUGUCUUUAAGGGGGAGCCGAACUGGAAAGCUCUCACAUGUAGGUCUUCGUCUGAGGUUAGCUGACAUCUCACCUCCUUAUAUCUAUAGAUAAUAGAGGAUUAUAUAUAUAAAAUAUAUAUAUAAAUAUAUAUAUAUUUAUAAAUAUAUAUAUAUUUAUAUAUAUUUGUAUGAUAUUGAUAAUGUUGUUUAUUGAUUGUGUUGCUGCAUUUAGUUCUGAGACAAGACAUAUUUUCCAUGUGGCUACAAAUUAACUUUAAUUUCUUUACCGUAGCGACGUUUUAUUCAUUGGUAAUCGUGCGAGUGACGGACGGACGUGAGGGGCGUCGCGUUCACACAUCAAACGAUGACUUCUGACAUUUGAUCCCGCCGCCGACCUCGCUCUCACUCUUAAGACGACUUUUUGCUGUUGUCGUCGUUGUUGUUCGAGUCAGAAAAGCCGUCGUCUUGUUUUCACCGCUUGGAGCCAAAGCGUCAGAACACACUUAAAGUAAUAGUUUGGCAUUUUUUAAGAAUCUUAUAUUCAUAACGAGGGAGAUGAGCAGAUCGAUGCCACUCUCGCAUUAGUAAGACGAGGAAAAUGGAACCAAGUCCACCUUCCGGCACUCGAGAAGAACUCGUACAAAUUUGACGUUAAAUCUUGAAAAAUCAAAUGACAGAUGAGCAGCAGAGUGCGGAUGAAGCGUGCAGAGGUGAUCACAAUGUGAUGACUCGUUUGCUAACAUACCGUAUGGUGCACGGCGAAGGUUUCGACCUCUGACACGCCAGACGACGGCCUUCCUCCGUUUGUAAAUGGAUGUACAGUAUGUGUGUGUGUGUGUGUGUGACAACGAGCUCUGGUAUUAAAUUCUCGACGGGCCAGCCGCCCCCCGAGCGACGGCGUCUGACAAAAUGUGGUCGCGUCUCCUUUUCUCUGGCACACAAAUGUUAUGCAAAAGACGCGGCGUCGCUCGCCAUUCCACACCGGAGCUUCUUCACCGCCACGUGCAGGCAAAUCCAUCCUCCUCCUCCUCCUCCUCCUCCUCCCCCCCCCCCCCGGGCCGGCGGCUUGCUCCCAGGGUGCACCGGGUGCCCCCGUCGAAGAACGCGGUCACAGAGUUUCUAUGUAAAUCGAAGUGCCUUUCUGCUCCACGCCACUUUGAAUGGUCAUUUGCAUGCGUGACUGGCUGUGUCGCUGCAUGAUUUAUUUUUAUUUUAUGUUGUUGACAAAGAUCUCUCGGUCGACAUCUUUUUUUCCCCCCGCGAUUCAAAUUCUGCUCCCAAUCUCGUCGUCGUGGUCGUAACGUUCAUUUGACGGCUCUCGUGAUCUCACACAUUCCUCGUGAGAGCAGCCCGUUCUCGCCACUGAGACGACUCUCCUUCUCCUUUUCCUCAAUUCUUCUUUUUCUUUUUUCGAGAUUAAUGUGAACAUUAUGGUGAAAUAUUUAUCAGGCGUGUAAUUGAUGUACUCGUUUCCCUUUUUUGUUUGUUUUGUUUUUGUAAUGAAAAAUCACUAUUUAAAUAAAGUUCAUGUACUGGCAAAAAAAAUAAAGGAGGAGGAGAAAAAAAAGGCAUAACUGCACUUUUAUUUGAACUCUGAAAAUCGUUU